UUUUCUGUUUUUGUGACUCUGUUUUUUUGCUCCAAGGCUCAUCUCCAAUUCAGAAGUAUUUGCUUUCGGUCCGAGAAAGAAAUAGCUGUCGGCGUCGCUCGUUUCACCCGGCUGUCUGUUUGCUCUUCGCUCACUCUCGUUCAUAAACAAUUACCAACAUACUGCUCUUAAUACAUAAUUCUUCAAACACUCGCUUCUUCUCGCUCAGUCGUCUCUUAUCAAUCAUCCUAGGAGUAUUCAACACACACACACACAUACAUACACACAUACCCUCUAGAUAAUUUAGAACCAGUUCACUUUCGUCGUCUACCGUCGUCCGACAAUAAACCACACAGCAGCGACGAUGUUCUCGUUCAGACUCGCCCUUGUUGCCGCCACGGCCCUGGUUGCCCAGCUUGCCGCCGCCACCGACUACCCGAUCGAUCCCCCUUCGGUGCCUCUGGCUACCCGUCGGAACUGGUGCACGUCCGAGACCACUCAGUGCCCGCUCAUCUGCCUCGACACCGGCAGCAGCGGCAAGCCCCGAGACAACUCUUGCGAUCCCAUGACGCUGAACUAUGCCUGCGUUUGUUCCAACGGCAACUCGCCUAACCUCACCGAGUACUCCCUCACCAUGCCCUACCACAAGUGCACACAGUUCCAAGUCAACUGCGUUGCUGCGUGCGGUCUCGCCGACAACCAGUGCUCGGAGAACUGCAGGGUCAACAACCCCUGCGGUGCCGCCAGCCCCAAGGGUGCCAGCGCCUCCGGAUCCGCCGCCGUCGUCGCCCCAUCGUCCACCUCCGCCGCCCCCAACACCAUCCAGACUGGCUUCGCCGGCGCUGGCGGCAGCAAUUCCAACACUGGCUCGGGUGCAAACAUGGCUGCUCCCUUGUCUUUGGGUGCUGCCAUUACGGCUCUCCUUGUUGCCCCCUUCUUGGUGCUGUAGAUUGACGCAGAUUUAUGGAUUGAGACGACAUGACCUUCGAACCUGGAGAGAGCAGAGUGUUUGGAAUUAACCAUUUUGUAUGCAGCGCGCAGCCCGCGCUGUGAUGAGUAAUGGCCAUUUGCUUUAUAAAGCGGAGUCAUAUAUUCUGGAUAAUUAGUCAAUGGAGAGCUCCUUACCUCAAACCCCAUAUUGAAGUAUUCGUGUGUCGUCCCAGCCGUU